AUGACCGUAAAGCAUCUCUCGGUGGAGUACAACAAGGUGAAUGAACGAGGCACCUUCUCUCCUGGGGACAUUAUCUUUGGAAGGGUGACAGUGGUGACCAGCAAGGAAACCAAAGUGCAGUGUUUUCUGGUCAGAGCCAAAGGAAAAGCUGAGGUAACAUGGUGUGAACAAGAAGGACAAACCACAGUGGUUCACAGAGACAAGAAGAAAUACUUUUAUUUUGAACAUAUUAUUCUUCAGGAUAAAAAGAAAGGAGAUGGUUCAGAAAUCAUUGGUCCUGGGAGAAACGUGUAUCCAUUCACCUUUGAAAUUCCCAAUACAGAUAUGCCCUCAUCUUAUGAGGGGAAAUGGGGCAAGAUAACAUAUAAUUUGCGAGCAAAGCUGACUCAGUCAAUCUGGCUUGUCUACAAAACCAAGACUGAGUUCCCUUUCCUGACCAAGUCUGAUUUCCCCUUUGCCUCCAAAUCAGAAAUGAUAAUCGUCGGACUUAAGGAGCAGCAAUGUGCGACCAGGAUUUCAUUUUUUGGCUCUGGAAAGGUUACUAUGAAUGUUACCUCAGAAAAAAUGGGAGUGAAGCAAGGUGAGGCAGUGGGAGUCUCUGUAGAAGUACUCAACGAUUCAGUGCGCAUAGUCACACCGAAAUUCUACCUAUGUGAGAAGCAAACCUUCGUUGCUAAGUCAAAGAGGACAGUGCACACAAAUGACAUCCUCUUCGGGACGGGAGACUCUGUUCCAGCUCAGACCAGUCGGACUAUAACCAAAGUAUUGAGUAUCCCUCCACAGCUCCCCCUCACCUUCUUCAACUGCUGCAUGAUGAAGCUCGAGUACAGGCUCAAGGUCACUCUUGAUGUCCCGCUGGCAAGAGACCCAGAGAUCAAACUUCCUCUGGUCAUUCUGUUGGGUUCACCAAAACCACAUCAACAAAAACCAAAGAGAUCCAUCUGGUUUAGAAAGCUUCCCGGUUAA